ACUCAGUAAUUGCCCUGUUCUGUUCAUUCAUUCCGAGGCAUCAGGCACUGUCCACUGUCAGUAGACUGGGUAAUGGGCUAGAUGGACCAUUGAUCUGACUAAUAUGGCCAUUCUGAUGUUCAGUCAGUAUUUAUCUGUUUGCUCAACAAAUGUUUAUGUUCAUCACCACAGAAAUCAAUAUAUUAUUUAAAUUGGUCUGAAUAACUUUAUUUUGAUAUUUUUGUAUUUUUGAUCUUUAAUUUUUCUAUGUCACUUCUAUUUUUUUAAUAAAUGAAACAUGUUUGCUAUAAUUGACAUACAUUUUUUAGGGUCAGCUUUAGGGUCAGAUUUAACUACUUUUGAACCUCUUUCCCAAUUUUAAAAGUAUCUUAUUUAUUUGCAAUAUGCCAUUUCCUUGUUCAUUUUGUGUCUUCUGUCUUGCCUAGACUAGGAAAAAAGGUUCUGCUUACGUUAUAAACUGACCUAUUAAAUAGAGCUAAAGGUGUUAAACUGAGUCUACACUUGUGUUAAAUUGGGUUUUUCGAUCAUGUUGAGUUAGCUUGAUUGACUAAAGUAUCAUUUUUCCUAGCAGAGACAAGACCUAAAUACAGAAAGGCCUGAUCCAAUUCCCAUUAAAAUAAAUUCCUAUGGUUUAAUUGGGAGUUUGAAUGGUCUCUAACCUGUUUACAGAACAUGUAUUUUUCUAGUAUUUGUUUUAUUUUAUAUUAUAAGCCAAAUUCUGACGUUCCAUCGCAGCUGUACAUACUUACAUACCAAAAAAGAAACUGCAGCGAGAAGUUGGAGCAGAAGGUAGAAGUUAAUUUUCCUCCACAGUGAAUAUUGCAAAGGGGUUGUUAUAAAGUGUAGGUGAUGGCAUAUAAUCUACAGGUUUAUCUACAUAUACUUGUUGCUACCUCGAUCAGGCCAUAGCCCUGACACACUUCCCUAUGCAAACUAUUUUUACACUUAGCAGGUUCAGAAUGCAUAAGGUGGCUGUGAAUAAGGAUGGACUCAAUCAGAAUAUAGUUGCAGUCAGUGUUGCUUUUGUAUCUAUUAGUUUUCCCAUUUGGAUGCCUCUUUCCAUGAACCAGCCAGAAUUUGUUUCUGUGAUUUUAGUUUUCCUUAAAAAAUUAAACAAAAUACACCAUGCCUAGGAAAUUACAUACCAAAAACCUACAUUAAAAGAAAGUUAUUUUGGUUGCAAAGUUUGGUUUGCAAAACUAGGAAGUUAGGAAAUGCCAGCGCUAGCAUCUCCUGUACAGCCUAAUUUGACACCCUUUUGCAUAUAUCCUUUAUGAUACAGUUUUUAAUGACAUGAUUACAUGCUUUUUCUACAUGAUCCCUGUCUCAUUCAGUACAGAGGUUUGAUGGACAAAGGGGAAGAAUUAAGAUUGCAAGGGUAAGUGAAUCUGGCAUUACUAACUUUUGACUUGCAUGCGAAUUUUCUUUUAAUGUAGUAUUUUUAAUACGUAAUGUAUAAGCAGACUGUAUCUCAUUUUAGUGACACCCUUACACUCAAGUGUUAUGUGGAAGCCAAUAGGUAAUGCUGCCUCAGAAACGCUGCAAAUUAAACUUGUAUGAAUUAUUGUAAAGUCUCUAUUGGUCUUUGCAGUUUAGGAUUGGACUAGCAGCUCAACAGUAAUGGCCUUUUAUAUAUGAAGAUAUCAUAUAUGCAUGAUUCCUAUGCCUUGUUCUUAGUGCCUUUGCAUGAGACUGCAAUAUCUUUGGUUCUUGCAGACAUUGUUUUAACUCUUAAGACGAGUGGGAGCAGGUAGCGAUGAAGCUGUUUCACAAGAACGGCCAUACUGGGUCAGACCAAAGGUCCAUGAAGCCAAGUAUCCUGUCCUCUGACAGUGGCCAAUGGCUCCCCGCGCCCAGAGACCAUGGCGACGGCGGCCGUGAGCUCCCAGGGCGGCGCUAAGAAAGAGGAGAAAGGCAAGAAUAUCCAGGUGGUUAUGAGAUGCAGGCCCUUUAAUGUGUUGGAGCGCAAAGCAAACGCCCAUGCUGUUGUAGAUUGUGACCAUGCAAGAAAGGAAGUUAGUGUCCGUACUGGAGGAGUAACUGAUAAAACAUCAAGGAAGACUUACACGUUUGAUAUGGUCUUCGGAGCUCAAGCAAAACAAAUUGAGGUGUACCGGAAUGUUGUCUGUCCUAUUUUGGAUGAAGUUAUUAUGGGAUACAACUGUACCGUGUUUGCUUAUGGCCAAACUGGUACAGGAAAAACCUUCACAAUGGAAGGGGAGAGAUCACCUAAUGAAGAAUAUACAUGGGAAGAGGAUCCACUAGCUGGUAUAAUCCCCCGUACACUGCAUCAAAUAUUUGAAAAACUUUCAGACAAUGGUACGGAAUUUUCUGUGAAAGUCUCCCUGUUGGAAAUCUACAACGAGGAGCUUUUUGAUCUUUUGAAUCCCUCUUCUGAUGUAGGGGAGAGACUGCAAAUGUUUGAUGAUCCCCGUAACAAGAGGGGUGUGAUUAUCAAAGGAUUGGAAGAAAUAACUGUGCACAACAAGGAUGAAGUGUAUCAGAUUUUGGAAAGAGGAGCAGCGAAAAGAACAACUGCAGCUACUUACAUGAAUGCAUAUUCUAGUCGUUCACACUCUGUGUUUUCAGUCACCAUACACAUGAAAGAAACUACAAUAGAUGGAGAAGAGCUUGUUAAAAUUGGGAAACUAAACUUGGUUGAUCUUGCAGGAAGUGAAAACAUUGGUCGUUCUGGAGCAGUUGACAAAAGAGCUCGUGAAGCUGGAAAUAUCAAUCAGUCUCUGCUUACUCUAGGGAGAGUUAUUACUGCUCUUGUAGAAAGAGCCCCACAUAUUCCAUAUAGGGAGUCUAAACUCACAAGAAUCCUGCAAGAUUCUCUUGGAGGACGUACAAAAACAUCUAUAAUUGCCACAGUUUCUCCUGCAUCUGUAAAUCUUGAGGAAACUUUGAGCACUCUAGAAUAUGCACAUAGAGCAAAGAAUAUCAUGAAUAAGCCUGAAGUUAACCAGAAGCUGACAAAAAGAGCUCUCAUUAAGGAAUAUACAGAGGAAAUUGAACGCCUGAAACGAGAUCUUGCUGUUGCACGAGAGAAAAAUGGAAUCUAUAUUUCUGCUGAAAACUAUGAAGCUCUUAAUGGAAAAGUGACAGUUCAAGAGGAACAAAUUGCAGAGUAUAUUGAUAAAAUUAGUGCCAUGGAGGAAGAAGUGAAAAGAGUCACUGAGCUGUUCAUGGCUAAUAAAAAUGAACUUGAACAAUGCAAAACGGAUCUGCAGAUCAGGGCAAGAGAACUGGAAGACACUCAGAAAAACUUGCAGGAAACCAAGAUUCAUCUUGAGGAGGAGGAAUAUGUGGCUUCAGCUUUGGAGAACACUGAAGAAAAGCUGCAUGGCACUGCUAGCAAGUUGCUUAGUACGGUUGAAGAAACAACAAAAGAUGUGUCUGGUCUCCAUGCAAAACUAGAUCGUAAAAAAGUAGUUGAUCAACACAAUGCAGAAGUCCAGCAGAGAUUUGCAGGACAAAUGAAUGCUCUGUUUAGCAAAAUACAAGAUUCUGUUAAUGAGAACAGUUUGAAACAGCAACAAAUGAUAGAAUCUUACACUAAUUUAGUUGGUGACCUUCUGUCUGCCAGCUCUUCAACCACUAAUGUUAUUGCAUCAGCUGUAUCUUCAUCUUUUGCCUCUGUUGUGGAAAUGCUGUCUGCUGAAACUUCUUGGGUUUCUGAAAAAAUACUAGAACAGGAGACUCGAUCAGUAAAAAAUAAAGCUGAGUUGAAGAGAUUGAUGGAAGAGCAUAAAUCUGGAAUGGAAAGAGCAUUAAGUAGUCUGGUACCUGUGGUAGAAUUUGUAUUGGGAGUAAACAGCCAGUUUCAGAAUAACAUCAAGACCUACUCAGCUGUGGCAGAAAAGAUGGAAGGACAUAAAGAGGAAACAAACACCUUCUUUACAAAACACUGCCUCGCUCUGAAUAAAUUACAGGAAGAUAUAACCAGUGUUCUGGCUCAACUUCAGAAUGACUGUGAGAGUUUAAAGGAAGAAGCAGAGCUGGCAAAGCUGGCACUUACAGAGGGCACAACCCAACUCAUGGCUUCUCUUCAAAGCCAGCUGAAUUUGUUGGUUCAGGAAACUCAGCAGAAUUUAAGUGGUGUUUCUAAAAAGGGUGGAAACUUGAAGACCACUAUUGCUGUUGCCCAGGAAAAUGUCCAUCUGCAAACUACAGACCUAGUCAGUUGUACAACUUCCCACCACAACAAAUACAUUGCAUCUUUGGAUAACUUCUCACGAGAGAUCAGGAAGCUAAACAGGGAAGACAAAAAGUUGCUGAAGGAGUCCACUGAAUGCUGCGAACAACUUCGCAGAACUCUCACCACAGUGUGUCAGGAGACAGAUGAAUGGGUUGAAUCUGCAAAUACUAAGAUUGACUGCCUUACUGAUCAACAGCUAUCCUCCUUCAGCAGUGAGCUGGAACAGCUUCAGUGUUUACAGAGGAAUGCAAAUGAAAGCUGUAAUGCAUCGGUUGCUGAAGUCACAGACCAGAUUAACAGACAGAAAACUGCUGAAGAGAGGUCACUGAAUAGCCUCCUUGACCAGAUUCAAAAUGAUAAGGAGAUAUUCCUGGAGCAGAAACUGAUACUCCAUGAGGAAGCACAGUAUGGAUUGACUCAGGUUAAUGCCUUCCUGCAGGAGGAACUUAAAGUGGAUAUCCCAACAGGGACAACUCCACAGAGAAAAGACUACUUGUAUCCAGUGACUCUUGUGAGAACAGAACCUCGUGACCUGCUGCUUGAGCAAUUGAGACGACAGCAACCAGAACUCAUGGCUACAUUAAAUAGUGCAGCAAAGGUGGUAGACCAUGUGGAUCAGGACUCAUUGGAGGAAGAAGAGGUGGUGCAGGAAUUUAACGAAAGUAUCUUCAGUGAUAAAUCUUCCCUGGACACAAGUGUGUGCUGUCAAAAAAAUAGUGGUAUUCCCUUUUUCCAGCACAAAAAGAGUGUAAAAAAGGAUAAAGAGAACAAAUCUACAAGCAUCUUGGAGAGGUCCAAGAUGGAGGAGACAACAGAACAAUCUCUUCCCAAGUCUAAGCUUCCUUUAAAAGCACUGAACUAAGAUAUUUAAUGCAGACCAUUGCAUUUGUAAAACUUACCUCUGAUCUUCUGUUCAGUCUGUUUUCUCAACCAUUUUCAGGUGCUGUAUAUAGUGAUAUAUUGUUGCAAAAUCAAAUUUUCUAGGAAGUUGUCCUGCCUUUUUGUCUGAAUUGUUUUUAUACACUGUAACUUAGUUACAUAGCAUAUGCUAUAAUUUAGUUACAUGGCAUUUACAGACUUUUAAAACUUCAAAUUAUGGCUCUGUAUGUUAAAUAAAGACUUUUAAAAUCUAAA